UCGAGGAUUCGGGUAGCGCGCUGUGGCGCCGCCUGCGACCGGCUCCCUCGCUCUAGCGGCACCUUGGAGGCUGCCGCCAGUCCUCGGGCCCACCCAGUGCCUUCGCCUCCUUGUGGACAGCGCGCCGGCUCCGCCGCACAGGGCCCCCGGCCGGCCGCGUCCUCACGUGCCGAGGCCGCCGCAGUGACCCCGCCCCCGGGCCGAGGAUGUGAGGCUGGCCGGGUGUCCCCGCACCGGGCCCGGGCGCCGGGAGUCGGCGGCUCGGCAGCUCUGGGCGAUGGCCCUGCUGCCGGUGCUCCUCGCCUCUUGGGGCCUGGGGCAGUGAGGGGACCGGCGGGCGAAGGGAAACGGCCGCGGCGCGGCGGGGGCCGAGGGGCCGCGGGCGACAUGGAGGGGGUGCUGUACAAGUGGACCAACUAUCUGAGCGGUUGGCAGCCUCGAUGGUUCCUUCUCUGUGGGGGGAUAUUGUCCUACUAUGAUUCUCCUGAAGAUGCCUGGAAAGGUUGCAAAGGGAGCAUCCAAAUGGCGGUCUGUGAAAUCCAAGUUCAUUCUGUAGAUAACACACGCAUGGACCUGAUAAUCCCUGGAGAGCAGUAUUUCUACCUGAAGGCCAGAAGUGUGGCUGAGAGACAGCGGUGGCUGGUAGCCCUGGGGUCAGCCAAGGCUUGCCUGACAGACAGUAGGACCCAGAAGGAAAAAGAGUUUGCUGAAAACACUGAAAACUUGAAAACCAAAAUGUCGGAACUAAGACUCUACUGUGACCUCCUUGUUCAGCAAGUAGAUAAAACAAAAGAAGCGACCACAAUUGGUGUGUCCAAUUCUGAGGAGGGAAUCGAUGUGGGAACUCUGCUGAAAUCAACCUGCAAUACUUUCCUGAAGACUUUGGAAGAAUGCAUGCAGAUCGCAAAUGCAGCCUUCACCUCCGAACUGCUCUAUCGCACUCCACCAGGUUCACCGCAGCUGGCUAUGCUCAAGUCCAACAAGAUGAAACAUCCUAUUAUACCGAUUCAUAAUUCAUUGGAAAGGCAAACGGAGUUAAACAAUUGUGAAAAUGGAUCUUUACAUAUGGAAGUAAAUGAUGAUGAAGAAAUCCUAAUGAAAAAUAAGAGCUCCUUAUAUUUGAAACCUGCAGAGGCAGAUUGCUGCAUAUCAAGUGAAGAAAAUGCAGAUGAUAAUGUAACAGCCCAAGGUGAGAUCAUGAAGGAAGAAGGAGAGGACAGCCUGGAAAACCUUGCCAGCAGCUUGGCACAGCCUGGAUCAGACUCCUCAAGUAGCUCUCCAGAAUCCUCAUGGGAAGAAGGCCAAGAAGUUAUCCCGACUUUCUUUAGUACCAUGAAUACCAGCUUUAGUGACAUUGAACUUCUGGAAGACAGUGGCAUUCCCACAGAAGCGUUCUUGGCAUCAUGUUAUGCUGUGGUUCCAGUAUUAGACAAACUUGGCCCUACAGUGUUUGCUCCUGUUAAAAUGGAUCUUGUUGGAAAUAUUAAGAAAGUAAAUCAGAAGUAUAUAACCAACAAGGAAGAGUUCACCACCCUCCAGAAGAUCGUGCUGCAUGAAGUGGAGGCAGACGUAGCCCAGGUUAGGAACUCAGCUACAGAAGCCCUCUUGUGGCUGAAGAGAGGUCUCAAAUUUUUGAAGGGAUUUUUGACAGAAGUGAAAAAUGGAGAAAAGGAUAUCCAGACAGCCUUGAAUAAUGCAUAUGGUAAAACAUUACGGCAGCACCACGGCUGGGUAGUUCGAGGGGUUUUUGCGUUAGCUCUGAGGGCAGCUCCGUCCUACGAAGAUUUUGUGGCCGCGUUAACCAUCAAGGAAGGUGACCACCGGAAAGCGGCAUUUAGUGCCGGGAUGCAGAGGGACCUCGGCCUUUACCUCCCUGCCAUGGAAAAGCAGCUGGCGAUACUGGACACUUUGUACGAGGUCCACGGACUGGAGUCAGACGAGGUGGUAUGACGUCUGCGGGACCGCGCUGCCUCCUCCCUUCAGGGAAUAAAGUCUGCUAACGUGU